AUGACAAUCUUUCUUUUUUAUUUUUCGUAUAUACAAUCUUUUCUUUCUUUUUCUUUUUUUCUUUCUUACAUUUCUCUUUUAUACUUUUUAUUUUUUGCAUAUGACUGUCUUUUCUUUCUUUCUUUUUUCUUUCUUUCUUUCAUUUUUAUCGUAUAUAACAAUCUUUCCUUUCUUUCAUCCUUUCUUUCUUUCUUUCUUUCAUCCUUUCUUUCUUUCUUUCUUUCUUUCUUUCUUUUUUCUUUUUCUUUUUUUCUUUCUUUCUUAUUUUUCCUAUAUAACAAUCUUUUCUUUCUUACAUUUUGCUUUUUUUUGCAUAUAACGAUCUUUUUUUUCUUUCCUUCUUUCUUUUGUUUUUUUUUUAUUUUCGCAUAUAAUAAUCUUUCUUUCUUUCAUGUUUUUCGUCUUUUUCCUUUCUUCUUAUACUUUUUUUCAUCCUUUUUCUUUUUCUUCAUUUUUUUAUUUCUUUUUUUUUUUUUUCUUUCUUUUUCAUUUUUAUCGUAUAUAAAAUCUUUCCUUUCUUUCAUCCUUUCUUUCUUUCUUUCUUUCAUCCUUUCUUUCUUUCUUUCUUUCUUUCCUUCUUUCUUUCUUUCUUUCUUUCUUACUUUUCCUAUAUAA